AUGUCACUCUCAUCUAUCCUUUCCGCUGAUGCCAUCGACAGUGCUAUCAAGGACUGCCAAGCACCUGACUCCUUCUGCCCCAAGAAGUUCUUCCAGUUGUGUGGCCUCACCAAGAAGAGCCCCCAGGAUGUGAAGAAAGUUUUUGGGAUCCUGGACAAUGACGGCAGUGGUUUCAUUGAGGAGGAAGAGCUGAAGUUUUUCCUCCAGAGGUUUACUCCUGGGGCUCGUGUUCUGACAGACACAGAGACCAAAGCCUUCCUGUGUGCUGCUGAUGACGACAGUGAUGGUCGGAUUGGAGCAGAUGAGUUCCAGGCCAUGGUCUUGUCCUAA